AUGGGGGCAGCCGGAGAGCGGCGUGCAUCCAGCUGGGGAGAGCAGGGGAGCUUGGUGGAACAGCUCAAAGAGAUGACGGCUGAGAGCCACAAACGAACGUCUAUAAAUAUGAAAGACACCCUGAUCGGCACUAAGGGCUGCACAGCUCUGAAGGCCGCCCUAAAGCACAACGACGGUCUGACAGAGCUCGACUUGACAGGGUGCAAUAUCCUCAAUGCUGAGGAAGUUGCUGAAGUGGUCCGUACAGUGCGCAACUUGAAACGACUGAAACUAGAGUGGAACAGCCUGGGCCUGGCUCCUCAUGGCCUAGCAGCGUUUGCUGGCGCUCUGGCCGCGGCCCCAAACCUAACAGAGGUGGACUUUAGAAGCAACCGGCUGGGGAGCAGCGGCAUGGCGACACUGGCCCACGCACUCAGGGACAGCCGGUCACUCACGAUUCUUGAUCUCCGGUGGAACGAGCUCGGCGCCUCAGGCGGCGCUGCUGUCGUCACCCUGCUUCAGAGUAACCGCGUUCUCACUGACGUCAGGCUGACGGGGAACGGAGUCCCCCCGGAAACACUGCGCCAGGUCGAGAAGCUGCUGGACCGCAACAAAAGCGAGUUGCUGCGACGGGGGACACAGUCAAGCUUAGCUGAGCCCUCCAAAAAGGUUAUUGACAUGAAGGCCUUGGAUGCGAUGCACGCGGAGCGGAUAGCGAUCCUGAACCGAGAGCUAUUGCAGCUCAAAGAAAAGAUAGCAACCUUGGCGGAGGAGAAAGACGAUUUGGCCCGACGGAAAGCGACGUCCGACCAAACGGUGACUGACCUAGAAACUAGACUGGCGGGAGAAACCAGGUUGCGGCUUGCCGCUGAGGAGGCCCAAACCAGUUUGCGACUGGAAACCGAGAAUCUUAAAAAGGACCAUCGAGUUGCGCAAGAGGAAGCUCACAAGAGAGCGGAGCAGCGGCUCGCGAAAGAAACGGGUUUCUUACACGCCGCCGAAGAACGUGCCAAGGACGCUGAGGACCGACUUGCGUCCACUAUUAACGAGAUCGAAUCGCUCCGGGGCUUGCUCGCCCGACAAAAAGACGACAAUAAAGUUGCAGCCGCCCGGUUCCGGUCCGAAGAGGAGAUUGCGCAGCACCAGAUCCGGCGGCUAGAAGAAGCGCUGCAGGACGAGCGGAAGAACGGAAAGGAUGACGUGGCGCGGCUGAAGGCGAAACACGUGGCGGAGAUCGAGGCGGCGGAGAAGGAAGCGGGGGCGCUGCGGAAGGCAAAAGACGACGCUCUGAGAGAGUCUGAACGGUGUCAAUCCGCGCUCCGAGCGUCGUCAGUAGAAGCAGCGGAACGCGUUGAGAGGGCGGAAAGGAAGGUGCGAGAAGAGAAGGACGCGGCCGUGAACGCGCUCCAGCGGCAGCUCGCGGCGCUCGACGCGCAAAAGGCGGCCGCGGCGGAGCAGAACGAGAUCCUACAAAAGGAACUGAAGAAAGCCAGCAAGGCGCUUCUGUCCAAGACCGAGGAGUGCGAGCGCGCGCUCGCGCGCGAAGAGGCGGAGCGGCAGGGCGGGGAGGCGCGGCGCGCGGAGGCCGACGCGCGUGCUGAGGCGGCGCUGGCAGAGGCGGCGCAAAACAAGCACAAAUGGACCACCGCUGAGGAGCAAAUGCGAGUGCUUCGAAGUGAGCUGGCAGAGUUGAAAGCGCAGAAGACGACCGCCGAGCAACAGAUCAAGCAGCAAGCAAGCGACCGGAGGCGGCACGAAGAAGAACUUGCCGACUCGAAGGCCGCAUUCGAAGCCGCCCAACGAAGCAUCAAAGAGCUUCAAGCGGAGAUCGACCGGCGGAACGCAGAGGCGGAGCGCCGCCUCGCGGGCGCGGAGGCGGCUCUGUCUGAUUGGUCGCGACAGCAAUUUGCGGCGCUUAGAGCGGCCAAUACCGGGUCUGGGUCUCAACCCACCAGAAUGGCUAUGCGUUCUUAG